AUGGGACACUCGACGACCUUCUUCACCGAUCCCGGGCGGUCAACAGACAUAGGAUAUCCGUCGAGCAUCUGGGAGCCGGUGCAGCAGACCAGACCGCCAGCGCGCACGAAUGAAAGCCAGUCGGCGCUUCUACAGUCGGAUCCGCCGCCGCCGAAACCUCAACCGUGGAUCGUCGGGUGGUUCAAGAGACACUGGACUCCGGCGUGGAGCAUGUACGCCUUUCUCCUCGCAGGAAUCGCCUUUGCCUGUGGACAUCACGGCUUCUACAACCACCUCGACGGAAAGCAGGCCGACGAUCAGUUGCGAAAGCUGCGGUAUGGAACGGCGCUGGCCUUUUUCGCCAAGGCAAGUUUCGUGACGGCGGCCAUUCUAGCCUACCGCCAGCGAGUGUGGAUGAUUGUCCGGGAAAAGAUUUUGUCCCUGGGAGCCGUGGAUUCGCUUUUCGCGGCCGCCGAAGACUUAACUGCGUUGUUCCAUUGGGAGGCAUUCAAGAGCGCCAAAGUCGCCAUGUGCCUUGCCAUCUACAUCUGGGCGACGCCGCUGGUGGUCAUUUUGACGUCUGAAACUCUGUCGGUGGUGCCCAAGACAAUGCGGGAGAAUACGAAUUGUUCUGGCAUCUACACUCUCAACUUUACCCAUGAAGAAACCAACGACUGGCGAGAUCCACAGACGACAGACCAAGGCCUUUUCAAGCUGUCAGUAUCGUCCUGGAACACAACCCAGCCCAACCAAGUGCCCAUCGUCGUCAGCAAUCAAAGUUCUUUUGAUUACUGGACCUCGAGCAGUCAGCAAUUCAAAGAGAUUGCCAUGAGAAGUCAGUAUCUACAACAGGCAGUGUCGCGAAAGAAUGCGGGUCUGGAAAUUUGCGGCAACGGAUGGAACUGCUCCUUUACGAUUGAAUUUACCGGCCCAAGCUACAAAUGCGAAACCCUUGCUUCCGGGGUCGAUGACAAGGUGGCAAAGCUCGGAGACGCAGAAUGCCCGUUCAACACGAGUCAACUUGUACCAAAAGGUGACCUUCUUUACCUUGCCCUCGCAGACCAGGGAGACUACGGCGCGGAGCAGAUCGACGCCUACACUGGAGGGAUUCCAAAGAAAGAGCCGCCGUUUCCCAAGAAUCUAGGCGCGUUUAGGACGGAGCCGCUGUUGUGGAUUGGCUAUGCAAUUGCCAACCGAACUUCGGUGAACAUUCCCAAGAGCAAGCUGGACCCGAAAUGGUCAGAGGAUGCAUUUAUCCCCAGGAUUAUUGGCUGCGAGCACUACCAGACCAAAUACAAGGUCAAGUUUAACUUUACCAGCGGCGUUCCAUCCCACGACGUCCAACGGCAGCUCGUCUCCAAAGUCAUGGACACGCGAUUCCUCCCAAACGUAUCGAUAGGCAAUCAAGGAUUAUUGGACAACAUCACUGCGACGCCCGAAGGCGAGUACAUAUUUCCCAAGGAUUUACGGAAAUACCGUAGGACCGCAGCGUAUCACUCGGUUGGAAAGCAAAUGCGCGACAUGAUCAACGGGACGAUUGCUCUUGCAAACCGAAUCGCCAAUUCCCGCGCCAUCGAGACGAGGCUUAUCCAACGGAACAAUUACGUCGCCAUCCCCAACUUUGAAGUGGAACUGGAAAGGUUUUACGAAGAAAUUCUCCUGUCGUUGUUGUCCGACGACCAGUUCCUGGCUGUAUCCUGGGCGUCGCAACCUUCACGGACGGCCCUGAUGCCCACGGGGAAGGACAAUUUGCGGUAUCCCUGUAUGAGAGAACGAACCAUCAAUGUCUACAGGUACCAUCGCGACGACUUGUGGGUGGUUUAUGCGUUGGCAAUUCUCAUGGCCACCAUUGCAGUGGUGUUUGGCGUCGCGGCGAUGCGAAAUGAAUACGUGGUACGCGACACUCGGUUUUCGUCCAUCGUCGCCGCCACGCGGGGUCAAAGUCUAAACAGAGUGCAAUGGGAAGAGGAUCGAGGUGUGAAGAAGCUCAAGGUCGGCUUCGGUCUUGUGCCAGACGUUGCUGGAGAGGCCAAGUAUGGGUUUGGAUUGGAGGGAGAAGUGGCGCAACACAAACCAGAGGGAGCUGCUCGAUCGCCAGCAAUUCAAUUGAGGGAAUGGGGAGGAAAGCGGGCAAGUUGGUUGAUGGAUGCAGCAAGGCCGCGGUAG